UCUUCUUCUUUUAUUUCCCACCUCUUUCUUUAAAAAGGAGGAAAAAAAAAAAAUGUACAAAAGUUAGAACACGUUCUGCGUUUUGGGAAACUUGGAUUCAAUCAUUUGUUUGAUCAAGUAUCUUUCUAGGAGCAAGAAAAACAGUUUGUAAUCUUGGUGCAGAAUUGGGUGGUGUUAGAGAUUUCAAAGUGAUAAAAAUGGCGGCUGUGUUCGCCCCGGAAGAGUUUGCUAGGCAGGCAAGUAGUAGGAGGUCGUCAACGAGUUGGAGGGCCUCGAGUGUUAGAGAAAUGUGGAAUGCGCCGGAUGUGUUUCAGAGGAGUGGAAGGCAGGAGGAGGAUGAUGAAGAGGAGCUGAGAUGGGCUGCGCUAGAGAGGCUGCCGACUUAUGAAAGGAUGAGGAAAGGGAUGCUGAGGCACGUCACGAGUAAUGGAAGGGUUUUGCAUCAAGAGAAAGAUGUCACGAAGCUUGGACCUCAGGACAAGAAGCAGUUGAUGGAUAGCAUACUCAAGAUUGUCGAAGAGGACAACGAGAGGUUCUUGAUGAGAUUAAGGGCCAGAACUGACAGGGUAGGAAUUGAGAUCCCUAAGGUUGAAGUUAGGUUUCAGAAUUUAUCAGUUGAGGGAGAUGCAUAUGUUGGGACUAGAGCACUUCCGACCUUGAUGAAUUCCACAUUGAAUGCAGUUGAGGGAGUUCUCGGACUUGUUGGGCUUUCUCCUUCAAAGAGAAGAGUUGUCAAGAUCCUCCAAGACGUGAGUGGAGUAAUAAAACCAUCAAGGAUGACACUACUUCUUGGGCCUCCUGGCUCAGGAAAAACAACACUGCUGAAAGCACUUGCCGGGAAGCUUGAUGAUGAUCUAAGGGUAACUGGCAAUGUGACCUACUGUGGACAUGAAUUUUCUGAGUUUGUCCCUCAGAGAACAAGUGCUUAUAUUAGCCAGCAUGACCUACACUAUGGUGAGAUGACAGUUCGCGAGACAUUAGAUUUUUCUGGACGCUGUUUGGGGGUUGGAACAAGGUAUGAUAUGUUGUUAGAGUUAUCAAGAAGAGAGAAGGAAGCUGGCAUCAAACCAGACCCAGAGAUAGAUGCAUUCAUGAAAGCCACAUCAAUGGCUGGGCAGGAGACUAGUUUGAUCACAGAUUAUGUCCUCAAGAUACUUGGACUGGAUAUUUGUGCUGAUAUUAUGGUUGGAGAUGAUAUGAGGAGGGGUAUCUCUGGUGGUCAAAAGAAACGUGUAACCACUGGAGAAAUGUUGGUUGGGCCAGCAAAAGCAUUUUUCAUGGAUGAAAUAUCAACGGGGCUAGACAGUUCCACCACAUUCCAAAUUGUCAAGUUUUUGAAGCAGAUGGUUCAUAUUAUGGAUGUUACUAUGGUCAUUUCCCUCUUGCAACCAGCACCUGAGACAUUUGAUCUCUUUGAUGAUGUUAUCCUACUUUCUGAGGGUCAAAUUGUCUACCAAGGACCUAGAGAGAAUGUUCUUGGGUUCUUUGAAUAUAUGGGCUUCAAAUGCCCUGAAAGGAAAGGGGUUGCAGACUUUCUGCAGGAAGUAACUUCCAAGAAGGACCAAGAGCAGUACUGGUUCAAAAAAAACCAACCUUAUAGAUUUAUCUCAGUACCUGAGUUUGCACGGGCUUUCAACUCCUUUCAUGUUGGUCAACGACUUGCAGAAGAUCUAAGAGUUCCGUUUCAUAAAUCUAGCGCACAUCCUGCUGCUUUAGUGAAAGAGAAGUAUGGUAUCUCCAAUUGGGAACUCUUCAAGGCUUGCUUUUCUAGGGAAUGGCUGCUUAUGAAGCGCAAUUCUUUUAUUUACAUAUUCAAGACUUUCCAGUUAACCUUCAUGGCUACAAUCGCAUUUACUGUCUUCUUCAGAACAGAAAUGAAAUCUGGUCAGUUAGAGGAUGGAACAAAAUUUUGGGGAGCAUUGUUUUUCAGUCUCCUUAAUGUUAUGUUCAAUGGGAUGGCUGAACUGGCAAUGACCAUUUUUAGGUUGCCAGUGUUCUUUAAGCAGAGGGACUGCCGAUUUUACCCUGCAUGGGCUUUUGCGUUGCCAAUUUGGCUCACAAGAAUUCCUGUAUCUCUGAUGGAAUCUGCAAUUUGGAUUGUUCUUACAUAUUACACUAUUGGGUUUGCACCUGCUGCAAGUAGGUUCUUCAAACAGUUCUUGGCCUUCUUUGGCGUACACCAAAUGGCCCUCUCCCUCUUCCGCUUCAUUGCUGCUGUUGGUAGAAGUCAAGUGGUUGCCAACACACUUGGUACAUUUACCUUGCUACUGGUGUUCGUGCUGGGAGGUUUCAUAGUAGCCAAAGAGGACAUUGCAACAUGGAUGAUAUGGGGCUAUUAUAUUUCUCCUAUGAUGUAUGGGCAAAAUGCCAUUGCUAUCAAUGAAUUUCUUGAUGACAGAUGGAGCACGCUUGUUGACAACUCCGCCAUUGGAAAGACCGUUGGAAAGACCCUUCUUGAGAGCAGAGGCCUCUACACAGAAGAACAUUUCUAUUGGAUUUGUGUUGGAGCACUUUUUGCAUUUUCCCUCCUUUUCAAUGUUCUUUUCAUUGCAGCAUUGACAUUUUUGAAUCCCAUGGGAGAUUCUAAGGCUAUGAUUGUGGAAGAUGACUCUGAAUCCAAGAAGAACAGGCUGUCAACAUCCAAUUCAGAAGGGAUUGACAUGUCGGUGAGAAAUGGUCAUGGGAAUUCAAGCUCAAUUGUUAGUGGUGGAAAUGGUCAAGCCAAAAGGGGAAUGGUUUUACCUUUCCAGCCUCUUUCACUUGCCUUCAACCAUAUGAAUUACUAUGUGGAUAUGCCAGCAGAAAUGAAGAGUCAAGCGGUUGAAGAGAGCCGGUUACAGCUUCUAAGAGAUGUUAGUGGUGCUUUCAGGCCAGGUAUUCUGACAGCACUAGUAGGUGUCAGUGGUGCUGGAAAGACAACUUUGAUGGAUGUCUUAGCAGGCAGAAAAACUGGUGGAUACAUAGAAGGAACCAUAAGCAUUUCAGGAUACCCAAAGAACCAAGCUACAUUUGCUAGGGUCAGCGGCUACUGUGAACAGAAUGAUAUCCACUCACCUUAUGUUACUGUCUAUGAAUCUCUGUUAUACUCUGCCUGGCUGCGUCUUGCUUCAGAUGUAAAGAAUGAAACACGAAAGAUGUUUGUUGAGGAAGUUAUGGAUUUGGUUGAGCUUAACCCGUUGAGGAAUGCUCUAGUUGGACUUCCAGGAGUGGAUGGUCUUUCCACUGAGCAGAGGAAGAGGCUCACCAUAGCUGUAGAAUUGGUUGCUAAUCCCUCCAUCAUCUUUAUGGAUGAGCCUACCUCAGGCCUAGAUGCUAGAGCUGCUGCCAUUGUUAUGCGUACAGUGAGGAACACAGUGGAUACAGGACGAACUGUUGUCUGUACAAUUCAUCAACCAAGCAUCGAUAUCUUUGAAGCUUUUGAUGAGCUCUUAUUGAUGAAAAGAGGAGGGCAAGUCAUAUAUGCUGGACCUCUUGGUCGCCAUUCUCAUAAGCUUGUUGAAUAUUUUGAGGUGAGUCUUCCUAAACUAUAUGUUUAAGCCUGAUUAGUAAUUACCUGUUGUCAUUUAAAUACGACUGCCUUUUAGUAUCAGUUCAAAAAAA